CAUGCUCCAUAAAGCCGCUGUGAUAGUUUGAGCAUACUAUUGCUUCCGACACACUUCCAGCCGGACAUUCACAUACUCCAGUACCGCCCCAUCCCACUUGCUGCUGUGGAUUUGGUAUUGAGAGAGAGGACAGCAUGCUAGCUGCCGAGGCCUCCAGGGAAACCGUGAGGACUAAUGGGGAUUGUUUCACUCUACAUUGUCCUUCACUUCUGGCUCGGCACUGUCGGAGGGACGUGUUCUCAAUUUAACGCUGUCUCCUGUGACGAGUGUCUGCAGCUGGGGCCACAGUGCGCCUGGUGCACACUACAGAAUUUCACUGACUCCUUCUCAAUCGACGAGAGAUGCGACACCCCCGAGGCUCUUCUUCAGAAGGGAUGCUCCGGCGAAUUCGUGCAGUUCCCCGUCACGAAAGUCAAAAUACUGAAGGAUCAAGGCUUAGGAAAGAGCGCCGGCCACACUAACGUUUCGUACAUCGCACCACAGAAGAUGCGCCUUCAGCUUAGACCAGGAAAUCAGCUGACCUUUCAGAUUCAAGUGCAGCAACCGGAAGACCAUCCGGUUGACAUUUAUUACCUGAUGGACCUGUCAGCGUCUAUGUUUGAUGAUCUGAAAAUGAUCAAAGACUUGGGCUCCACACUCUCAAAAGAGAUGGCUAAACUUACCAGCAAAUUCAGACUAGGAUUCGGUUCCUUUGUGGAGAAACCAGUUCUGCCUUUCAUCAAGAUAACACGCGAAGAGUUGGCCAAUCCCUGCAGGAGUGUUGAUUUUGAAUGUCUUCCGACAUUUGGAUACCGACACCUUUUGUCGUUAACAAGCAGUACUGACAAGUUCAAUGAGAUCAUCUCAAAGCAGCAGGUAUCGGCGAACAUUGACGUGCCAGAGUGUGGUUUUGACGCCAUCAUGCAGGCUGCGGUUUGCGGGGACAGGAUUGGCUGGCGGAACGAUUCCAUGAAGCUGUUGGUGUUCGUGAGCGAUGCAGAUUCUCAUUUUGGGAUGGACAGUAAAAUGUCGGGCAUCGUUGUCCCCAAUGAUGGAGAGUGUCACUUGGACGACAAUAAUGAGUAUUCCAUGACUGCACAUCUGGAGUACCCAACAUUAGGGCAACUUGUGGACAAACUGGUUGAAAACAAUAUCCUCCUUAUAUUCGCUGUGACUGACGGACAGAGGCAGAACUAUGAGAAUUAUGCAAGUCUGAUUCCUGGUGCUACUGUGGGGGUGUUGGCAUCCGAUUCGAGGAACAUUCUGGAACUCAUCAUGACCUCAUAUAAGGAACUGAGGUCAGAGAUCGAUCUGGAGGUGCUGGGUAACACUGAGGAUCUGCAGCUUUCCUUCACAGCGCUCUGUCAGGACGGGGCCAUCAUCACCGGACAUAAAACCUGCUCCAAUGUCAAAGCUGGGGAUGUGGUAUCUUUUAAUGUCACGAUCGAGUUAAAAGGCUGUCUUGCCGGUCCACGGAAGUUUUCCUUGCGGCCGGUGGGUUUCCAAGAUGCCCUGGAGAUUGAGCUGGAGUCUCAGUGUGUGUGUGACUGUCAUCAAACCCCGGAGGCGAACAGCACGUUCUGCAGCGGAGGGCGGGGGGCGCUGGAGUGUGGCGCCUGUGUGUGCAAUUCAGGCUUCGUGGGGCCGAAGUGUGAGUGCACAGAGGACCAAGAACAAAUCAGCGACUGCAGGGCGCAUGAAGGUGCGGAGAUGUGCGGCGGCCUGGGCGAGUGUUUCUGUGGGCAAUGUGUGUGCCACCCGUCCAGUUUUGGACGUGUGUAUGGGCCGUACUGCGAGUGCGACAACUUUUCCUGUCUCAGGUUCAGAGGGGAGCUUUGCGGAGGCCACGGGGAAUGUGACUGUGGCGAGUGUGUGUGUCACAGCGGUUGGAUGGGAGAGUCCUGUAACUGCAGCACCAGCAACAGUUCAUGCAUGUCUCUGGAUGGUUCCAUCUGCAGUGGACGGGGCAAGUGUGUGUGUGGGAAGUGCGAGUGCACCGUUCCUGGAGCAUCAGGAGAGAGGUGCCAAAGGUGCCCAACCUGUGGAGAUAUCUGUAGCUUGCCCAGAUCUUGUGUGGAGUGUCACCUCAAAGCUAAAGACCCGCUGGACGAGUGUGCUGUGAAGUGCAACUCCAUACAUGCCACUGUCAGCAAUUCCACAGAUUUCGAGGAGAGUCGGGCGGCAUCGUGCACCUUACAGAACAAGGACUACUGUAUUCUGUCAUUCAGCUUGGUGGACAGUGAUCACGGCAGCAUUAUUUACAACCCCAAGCUUUACGACUGCCCUGAGCCGCCAAACGCACUGUUGAUCGCUCUGGCCGUGUGCAUGUCUGUCCUCAUUAUUGGCAUUACUCUCAUUGUGAUCUCCAAGUUUCUUAUUUCUGUCCAUGACCGGAAAGAGGUUGCCAAGUUUGAGGCAGAGAAAGCGAAAGCAAAAUGGCAGUCGGACACAAAUCCUCUUUUCAAGAGCUCAACAUCAACAUUUAAAAAUGUGACCUACAAAAGCACAGGGCAGCAGAAGAGUGAUAUUUCUUAGGGCUACUGACCAACUUUUUGUGUAAAAAAACAAAAUGCAGGCUUCUGUUUACCAGGAGCAAUUACUUUAUUACUUUUCUAAUUUUUAUGAUUUAUAUUCUUGUACUGUACAGAUGAGUAUGUGUGUGUGAGUAACUGUGUGUUUGUAAACUGGGGUCAGGACUAUCAGAUACUGGCAGGGAAUUUAUUUUAAAAACUGUAAAUAAUUUACAGUGGGCAAAAUAUGUAUUCGAUCCCCUGCUGAUUUUGUAAUUUUGCCAACUUACAAAGAAAAGAAGGGUUUGUAAUUUUUAUGGUAGGUUUAUUAACAGAUAGAGACAGAAUAUCAACCAAACAAUGCAGAAAUAGGUUGAUAUUUUGUCUCUAUCUGUUAAAAUAAACCUACCAUAAUAAUCACAGACCCUUCAUUUCUUUGUAAGUGAGCAAACUUAGAAAAUCAGCAGGGGAUCAAAUAAAUAUUUUGCCCCUGUAAACAAUGUGUUGUGCUGCUAAAACUGCUAAAGGUGCUUUUAAAUCUGGGCAACACUGGAUCUUCUUGUUUCACAUUUAGCGUUUCUUGUGGUUGUUGCAGCAAAAUGUAGUUAUUUGUGACAAAUAUUUGUGACUGGUUAGCUGAGGCUGAGCCUUUUGUAAUUAGAUAUCAUUGAUUAUGGUUUUGCUGGAUCAAAUGUAAAAUUAACAAAUUAAAAAAGUCUGUCUACU